GCCUCGCCCCGCUCUCGCCCCGCUCCGGCUUCGCGGCCGCUCCUGCGUCCACCGACCCGCCCGCCGACGGCCAUGCGGCGCCUGGCGGCUCCCCUGCUCCAGCCCGCGGAAGAAAGAAUGGAGAUGAUUUUUGAAAGACCAAAAGAGAGUGUUCGUUGGAACAUUACCACAGAGAAGAGCGAUUUCGAGGCUGUAGAAGCUCUCAUGUCCAUGAGCUGUAGUUGGAAAUCGGAUUUCAAGAAAUAUUCUGAACCUAGACCUAUCACCCCAGCGUCUGAUGUGUCCGAAGAAACCGAAGACGGUCUACUACCGGGAGCUGCAGAUUUUCACACGAUACCAGCAUUUUGCUUGACUCCACCCUACAGCCCGUCAGAUUUCGAAGCGUCGCAGACGUCGAGUCCGGCGGUACAAGCGCCGUCUGCCGCACACUUCAAACCCUUCCCAGAUGCCUCCAAGCCUCACAUUGCAACCAUCCUAAAAGAUAACGAUAAGGUUCCGGGGCCGGCCCCGAGAACCCCGAAAGCUCAAGCGACCAGCGUGAUCCGCCAUACGGCCGAUGCCCAACUAUGCAAUAACAGGUCGUGUCCGGUGAAAGCGGCCAGCCUGCUGCGCUAUCAGGACGGUUCCUUCCGGAGAAGAAGUCAACUCGGUGACGAGACGGCGAGAAGAAACCUCCCCUGCGCCACGGUGUCCCCAAGCAGAUUGAAACGUGAGAGGGACGCGGAGGCCGAAGUGGAAGAGAAACCAAGUGUGGGCCUUUAUGACUUUUCAGUGCCUUCAGCAGAAACUCUUAUCAGUCGACCCCAGCCGGGGCCCUCCCAGCCAAAGUCGGUGUUGGUGUCUCCACCUGCUGUAUCAACAAGUGGGGUUCCACCCAUGCCUGUCCUUUGCCAGAUGGUUCCCCAGAUGGUCCCCCUCCCUUCCACCACCAACCCUGUCGUGACGGCGGUCGUCCCCAACACUCCGCCCAGUCAGCAGCCCGCACUCUGCCAGCCUGUCGUGUUCAUGGGAACUCAGGUCCCGAAAGGGGCCGUCAUGUUUGUUGUGCCUCCACCCAUCGUCCCGAACACGAAACCCCCGGUGAUGAGCCCAAAUGGCACCAAACUGUCUCCCAUUGCUCCUGCCCCGGGGUUUGCCCCCUCUGCGGCUAAAGUCAUUCCACAGAUUGACACGUCGAGGAUCAGAAGUCACAUUUGCAGCCACCCAGGAUGCGGCAAAACCUACUUUAAAAGUUCUCAUUUGAAAGCCCACAUGAGAACACACACAGGAGAGAAGCCCUUUAGCUGUAGUUGGAAAGGCUGCGAGAGGAGAUUUGCACGGUCCGAUGAACUCUCUAGGCAUCGAAGAACGCACACGGGUGAGAAGAAAUUUGCUUGCCCGAUGUGUGAUCGGCGCUUCAUGAGGAGCGACCACUUGACGAAGCACGCCCGCCGCCAUUUAUCAGCUAAGAAGCUGCCAAACUGGCAAAUGGAAGUGAGCAAGUUAAAUGACAUUGUUAUUCCUCCAGCAGCUGCUCCUGCCCCGUGACAAAAUGAUCCGUGAAGAUUCAGAACUCACUUAUCACAGCCACAAACCAGCAGUGAUGUAAAAAUGCUUCCACUCCAGUUCUGUGGUGCUUCGAUGCCAAUUGUAGAUGGAACUCCAGUGGACUGAGACAAAGAAGCCGUCUGGGUUACAUGACCAGAAGAAAUGCCGUAGUCUGAAAGGGCUGGUCAUUAACAGAAUGGCAGAUUUCAUUUGCACAUGAGAAAGGAGAUAGUUUUGUUUUGUUUUUCAAAGGUUUGAGCAGGGCAACACAGGUAGCAACAGGUAUUGAGUUUGUAUGCACAUUUGUUUCACAUUUACUGUUCAUACUUGAGGCCGACUUUAAAUAGGAUUCUUCUGAAGAUACUAUGAGGUUUCAAGAUAAGGCUGGAAAGGAAUAUAAUUCACGGUACAGAAGUGAAGUUGUAAAAUCGAUUUUUUUUUUUUUAAGCUAAAAUAUGGUCACCAUUUUGUAGCUGUGGCUAUUUUGUUUUCUAUUCAUUCAAGUCAACUUAGCGUGUACAGUUGUCAAAUAUAACUAAUACUGGUGGUUUUACACUUGGUCACAUUUGAAAAUGAAUGAAACCAGUCAUAAGCUGGGGAGGGCCAAAAAGUAUUGGAAUCCUCAAUAAUUUAAUUGUUUUAAUGUGUAGUUCCAUUAUUUUUUUGCUUUUCCUUUUGAAAUUCAUGCAGUUUAGGCAUAAUUAUGGUAAAUUUUAGUCUGCCUGCAGGUUUCUAUAUAGAAUUGAAAAUUGUAUGCCAACGUGUUUUUCAUGAACUCUGAGAUACACUGCACUUUGUUUAGAAAUAUUAUCUGAAGAUGAAAAUCUUUUGUAGUUUUUAAGAAUGAAGAUCAAGAAUGAUAAGCUCUUUGAAAGAUGGUUUAUACUAGAGGCAAAAAUAUCCACGUAUUAGGAUAUAAUGUGUGCUGUAUUAGAAUGUUAGUGAUUAUUUGUAAAGUGUAAAAAUGACCGUUUGAAGAGUGUCUCCUAAAUUAAUGGGAUUUUAAGGACUUUGCCGGGGGUGGGAAUAUUUGUACGUUAACUUUUCAUUAACAGUAUUUCAAUUAUUUUGGCUUAUGGUGGAUGCACAUCCACAAGGAAGCAAAAUGAAAUGUUGGAAAAUAGAGUAAAAAUUUCAUUGUUGUCCCCUCACUUUUUUUUUUUUUUGUAAAUCAGGUUUACUUUUUAAAUAUCAGAUAAAGCCCCUAAUGAGCAAUAUUACCCCAAUAAAGUUUUUUUUAAUAUAUUCCAAACUGCACACUUCCCCCUCCACCCCAGGGAAAUGUUAUAAGGAAAUUUCAUUGUAAUAUAAAAAAAAUUCUUGUGACUACUCUAAAGAUUUGCACAAUAUUUCCUAUGUUUUACUUUAUAUCUUGUUUACAAUAAAUGAUUUUCUUUGCUAUA